AUGAUCCGUCAAUCCAUGUCACCGUGGGCUGCCCAGUGCUUACGCGUUAAGAAGGAUGGUACGCUGCGACUGUGCAUCGACUGGCGUGAACUCAACAAACUCUUGGUCUCGGAUAGUGGGGAUUUGGGUGACAUGCAGGCGAUAUUCGAUGGGUUGAAGGGCAAGAAGUAUUUCACUCAGCUAGACCUCGCCUCCCGUUUUCACCAGAUGGUAAUCGCCGUGAAAGACCGUUACAAGAAGGCCUUUCGAGAUGCGGAUGCUGAGGAAGACGCCUUCCAGUAUUUACGAGACACGUUGGCUUCCCCGAAGGUCCUCGCUUUCCGUGACCUUGAGCGUCCGUUCGAACUGCACACGGAUGCUAGCACGCUGGGUGUAGAAGCUUCGCUCAUGCCGACAAUCGAUGGUGUCACCAGCGCGGUGGCGAUCGCGAGCCACCGGUUUUCACAAACCGAUGCUAGACGCGGGCCCACGGAACGAGAAUGCAUGGGGGUCCUCUGGGCGGUAGAGCACUUCCGGUCACGGUUCAAACUGGUGACAGACUGGUCUGCCCUCACAUGGUUGUUCCGAAGCCGUGAACUCUGCCCCAAGCUGCACAGGUGGGCGCUGCGGCUGAUGGAGUACGACCUGGAGCUGGAAUGGAAGGCGGGGGUAGAGCACGUAUUGCCCGAUGCUUGGUCCCGGUUGCCCGUGGCGAACCCGGUAGAGGUCGACGUCGACGGUUCGUUUCCGGAUACUGUCGUUUGCUGCAGGCGCUGCGGUAGAGAUCUCAGGACCAGAGUUGAAGGGUGUAAGGCUGGCUGA